AUGGAGACAUACUACGGUCAGGUGCGGUCACCCGCCGACGCUAUCAAACUCUUUGAAGCAACCCGGCUUGGCCUCUUACCUCGAGUUCAGCGGCGCCUAUCAGAAAAGGAACGGCAAGCCAUCCGGCCCGGCUCCGUAUUUGUUUGGGAUGAGCGGGAAGCGGGCAUGCGGCGAUGGACGGACGGCAAGUCGUGGAGUGCCAGCCGUGUUGCCGGGAGCUUCUUGACGUAUCGGGAGAUGGAGGGCAAGAGGGGGAAUGCAUUCGCUGCUGGGAGGAGAGCGGCCGGUAAAACGCCGGAUUCUGGCCGUGGGAGCGACGAGGACCACGACGACGGAGAGCCGGAUGGGUAUCGCUACAAGCCCGACGGGCUCACCAAGCAGUCCUUUAGUAUCACCAACUCGACCGGCCAGCAUCUUCACCUGAUCGCAUACUGCUCGAGGGCGCUGCAGGACUUGCCACUACCCAGCAGCGACCCUUCGCUCCGUCAUAUCGUACCAGCAAAGGGCAUGUAUCCCGAAUCGAGCCUUGCCGAGGCCACCCCGGCCGCUGCCGCAAGAGCACCCGUGGCUCAACCCCCCUACAUGCCUCACCACCACCAGCCUCCUCCGCACCACGGAUACCCGCCCCAGUACCCGCACGCCGGCUAUGCGUGGCCUCCUUCUCCUGUCGGAACGCCGCCCUAUAGCCACGGCCACUAUUCAUACCCACAAGGACCUCCAGCCGGGGGCCCACCUCCAGGACUACACCCAUACCCGCCACACCCUCACCAUGCCCACCAUCCUUAUCCGCCGAAUACCGGUCAUGAUCGAUCACCACUACCUCCCCCCCAGCCGCACCAUUACCCACAACCACAACCACACCCACAUCCACACCCACACCAACAUCCACACGGGCCGCCACUAUCUCAGCAUCAGCCGCAGUCGCAACACCAACAGCAUCAGCAGCAGCAGCCGCCGCAGCAACAACUGCAGCACCAGCAAUCGCCCCCGAUGCAUCCUUCACAACAACAGCACCCACAGCUUCCCGCUCCUCAGCCUCCGAAGAUGGGAGCUCCCGCUCCGCAGCCCUACCCGCCAAACCAACAACACCGUUCCCCACCGGCAUCCCACACACCUGCCCCUCGGCUGUCGCUGCUCGACUCGCCGGGGUCACAGCACCUUCAGGCGCAAGCACGAGAAGCUGUCCAGAUCGAACCGCGACUCGCCCCAAUCGACGCUGCGCGUGGCCAGCACAGCCCCCUCCCCGCUCCCGGCCAGCUCGGGCAACACCAAGCAAACGGAAUCACCCCGCCUUCCGCGUCCUCGGCCACAACGCCAGGUCUCACUCCCUCCAACCUUGCCACCAGCCCCAUCGUCAGGGCCCCCUCCCGCUCCCCUCCUCGCAGCGCUGUCUCAUCAUCCGACGGCGGCGGCGGAGGAGGUCGCAACGGCAGUCUCAGCGUGUCCGCCUCGACCCCAGCAAGCACGCGUCCAACGCUGCAGGCGCUCCUACACCCAGAUUCGAUCAUCCCCCCUCUGACCGGCUCAGAGCCGAACAGCGCAAACCUCAUGAGCGCCAACCCCAUCAGCGCGGGGAGUGGGAUCAGCGGUGGUGGUAGUACUAGUGUCAACGGUGCAGGAACCGGGGGCGGCGGUAUCAGCAGCGCGGGUAGCUCGCCGCGUGGGAACGGGUCAUCGCAGCUCUCUGCGCGACCGCAAGGGGAGGAUGCGCGCACGAUUGGCGCACUGAACCGAAAUUUCUUUUAA